GUAUUUUGUGACUCAAUACGAACGAGAAUAAAGAAAGGUAUGUGACCUGUGCGUGGGCGUGCCUGUGCGUCGUCGUCUUCCCGCCAUUAUCGUAACAGGAGUACGGCAUGGCUAGAUGUAACACAAGCGGAAACACACUUCGAGUUCGUUUCAUUCUUAACGGGGCAUCCCGACUCCCCUCUAUCGUAGUAUAAUGGAUUCGUCCACGCGUAGAGAUUUCCCUCACUUUUUAAAUGGGUCCAAUAUUUCUCGAAGUUGUUGAAAAUUUUACAAAAAACUUCUGAAAAAUAAUAUUUUAUCAUUUUCAGGAAUGAUUGAAAUUCAAAAUAUUUCAUAGUUUUUCUAAAAACACUCGAUUUAGGGCUGGUAUUCGGGUUCGGCCAUUUUGAAGUGGGGAAGGUUGGGAAUGAGUGAACGGGACGGCUCCUGUCAGAUACAGCCAAUAAUCCCGCCGAAAGAAUAUCAGAGAGAAAUUUUCUUGGUUAAUAAUUCGUAUUUUAAUUAAAAUAUUUGGGCUUUAUAUCGAGUUAAAUUGAAUCGAAUUUAUUUAAUGAUAAAUACUUUUCUGUUUAGAUCUUUGUCGGCCAUGUGCAUUAGUAUAGAAUUUAAAAUGACCUCACACCCCACAGUUACCGUCGAAUCAGCGCGUUGCUGGUUAUCCACGUGACUUUACUCGGCCAAUGGGACAUGCGGGAUUUGAAAUUGUGCGUGGUCUUUGUUCACGAGUCCCCCGUCAACGUUACUUCAGUUCCGUAAAGAGGGCCUUGUGUCGGUGUUCGUUUAUGUAUGGUCGCUGCCUAAAAUUGCAUAUUUUUCAGGCAAAUCUAUGUAUGAAAGUGGUGUUUUUUUGUGAAAUACAACGUAUCGUGUCGCCUGUUGAAUAACCGCCGCGUGAAUGUUGGACACAGAGAGCAGACAUAGUACCGGACUGGAUCAAGGGCCCACAAGGGAUCCUUGGCUCACGAUGGACUAUUACUUAGGCACAGACAGCGUCUCUUUACAGGAGAUGCUAGAUGUAGACAUAAAAUGUGAAGUUGAAGGAGUCAUAGGGGGACAUCCUGAACUCGGCUUCAAUUUCACUGAUUUGUCGCCUCUGGAGAUGGAUGACAAUCCUGUCGGAUGUCAAGAUGACCUCAAUGGCUGGUUCGGUUCAGCUAGUCUACUGAAUGGCAAUAGCAAUAGUUCCAACAGGUAUGUCAGUAAUUUUAAUUUAGAUCUCAGCGGAGGUGAUGCGGCUUCGGUUAUGGUUAAUCCAAAUUCUGUGAUGCCUCAUAUAACCGUGCGCAGUCCAAGUCCGCAUAGCAAUCGUCGGCACUUUUCUUUCUCGGUGAAAAAAGAUAUGAAAGAAGAGAAAAUCAAUGUAGAGGAUGAGAAUGACUCGGAUGGCGAACAGUAUGAAAACGAUAUGACUGAAACAGAGGAUGAAGAAGAAGAUGAGGAAGAUGAUAGUGACGACGAACAAGAAUUAUCGACUACAGUAAUUCCAGCUAAACUUAAGCCAGCUUUGGUUUCAACAAGCUCUACGAUUAAGACAAUAUCGGCGCAGAUAACCAAACCCCAAAUCUCUCAAAAAUUGAACACAUUAAACAGCAUAAAAGUACAAAAUAUUAAACUCAUGCAGAAUUCACACCAUACCCAGCACAUCAGGAAACAAACGUACAAUAAUAACAUCCACAAUACGGUCACAGCGAUGAAAAGGGACAAGGAAUUCGAACUUGCAGAAUAUGAUGAAAGACCCUUUCCAAAACCUGCAUACUCAUACUCUUGUCUGAUAGCAAUGGCGCUCAAAAAUAGCCAGACUGGCUCUCUACCAGUAUCUGAAAUCUACAAUUUUAUGUGCGAACAUUUUCCGUAUUUCAAGACUGCUCCGAACGGUUGGAAAAACUCUGUGCGGCAUAAUUUGUCGCUGAAUAAAUGUUUUGAAAAGAUAGAGAAGCCCGCCGGAAAUGGUAAUCAGAGAAAGGGGUGUUUGUGGGCUAUUAAUCCAGCAAAAGUUGCAAAAAUGGAUGAGGAGGUACAAAAAUGGUCGAGGAAAGAUCCUCUCGCUAUUAAAAAAGCAAUGAUAUUUCCCGAUCACUUGGAAUUACUAGAAAGAGGUGAAAUGAAGUACGCAGGCAGUGGCAGUGGCGAUUUGUCGGAAGAAGCGGAGAGUUCCGGAGAUGAAACUGCGGAGGAAAAUACAACGUACGAUGAACCCGUUCACAGUCAUAUCGCAGCAAAUUCUGUAACAGAUAGCUACGAUGAAAGCAGUCAAGAUUUUGACGUAGAUAUUACGGAACAUACUUACGAUGAAAUUGACAUUGAUGAUAAUAAGGACACGUUACACAUGCAAUUGAAUAUUGCUAAACAACAAACGUUCGAGUAUGAACUCAGUCCAAGCACAAAAAGGCAAAAGACUUUGACAGGAACGUUACAAGGCAAUUACGUUUACCAACCUGUUGCUAAUUCGCGAAGGAAAACCCCUCUACUUUUGAGGCCUGGAGCAACGCCCAAUUCUUUUCUUAAAAUUGAUUAAUCGUUGGUACGAAUUUCAUUUAAAAUUCCUACACUCAUCGUUUAGCUUUCACUGUACAAUAAUGUAUCAUUUUUAUUUCUCCCUAAAUCGGAACUUUCAUUCAAAAGCUACUAAUGAUCUGCAGUAUCAAUUAUUGCAUCGAAGGUAUCAAUCAAAUCUGCUAAUUAUUGAUUAUUUUGCAAAACUUCACUGCCAAUUCCAAGUGGCUAAGUUUCGAAAAACCUUACAAAAAGUUACUUUGUUUACAUACUGUACGUAGUGAUUUCAAUACGUCAUUCGUUUAAUGAAGAAUAACAAACAAAAUAACUUGAACAUCGAAUUCAGAAAACCAAAAUAGUUUGCAGUAUUUUAUCUUAUUGAAUUGCAAUGUUCGAGUGAUAGCUUCGAUAAAUCUUUAGCAUUGCAAAAUAUCCAAGGAAUGUCAAUAAUCUAUUUUAUUAAUGGAGUAGAAUUUAGAAAUUUGUAAGAAUUUUUUUAUUACACGACGCCGAUAACAGUUGCCUGACGUAAUGCUGUGCAUUUACUUGAAAUAUAAUCAUAUAAUAUUAUAAAUUCGUCGACGGAAUUUUAUCUUACUAACGAUUGAUCAACGCAUUAUCGCACGAAAAUUAUUAUUGAAAAUAGCUGUUUCGUUGCAGCUAUUUUAGGAAAAUAUUGAGAUCUCUUGUGACUUCGAAGUCACAAAAAUUCCUAUGGUUACACAUAACAUUCAUCUAAUAAGAUCGAGAAUGUUAUGCGUUAAAAGAUAGUUGCAAAUCCAAAUAUUGACAACUUUUGUAACGAGUCGAUCAUUCAAAAUUGAAUUUAGAUAUAAUCUGUUAAUAACAAUACACUAAAUUAACGAGAAAAAAAUUCACGACUAAUCGGAGACCACUUCAUUCUCAUCAUUUGUUUCUGCAGAGAAGACUAUACGAAUUUAAAUUUUUUCCAACUUUAUUAAGAUUCACUAGUAUCUAGAUUAGAUAUAUGCGGUUAUUAUACCUUGAAAUAUUUUUUCGACGACAGCGAUCCAAGAUUUGGUGUAUUAUUUUCUUAUUUAUUUGCGGUAAAUUAAAUGUUUAUUGCAUUCAGCAAAAUCACAGUGUAAACAAAAUCCAAAUACGUUUCAAAUUAAAACUUGACACUUUUUAUGAAAUAACAUCUGAUUCAACGUGACAACAGAAAUAACUCUGCCAAGAUUUUACUAACGUUGAGCGUAGGAAGUGACGAACGAUUCAUAAGAGCUAAGACGUUGGGUUGAAACGAUACAUUCGGUAAAAUUAUCGAAUUCUUGUCUCCAUCUACCCGAAUCCUAUCUGAAACGUUUUUUGAUUUUAGUCACCGAUUUGGGUGAAAACGAUCAUUGUUGGAAUGGUCAAACCUGACAUAGAUAAGCAUACCUACUGAACGGAGGGUCAAAAGAAUAUUGUAGAUGAAUGAGUAUUUGGUCAUUCGUUGGCCAGACUGAUGUAUUAUACAUUUUUUAUACGUUUCUGGACUAAUUAAGAAGUGUAAAUGUUUCUUUUUUAAUUUUUUUUUUUCAAUUUUAUGUUCACCUGUACGAGAUGAGAUGUGAAACUACUUAGCUUAUAGGUAUAUGUAUGUAGAGUACAAAAAGACAGCUAUAGAUAAAAGAAAAAAAGAGAUUUGUAAAGGUUUGUAGCAUAGCGAGUCGAGAAUUAUACUUAUACCUAAUCUAAACUUGAGUAUAAAGUUGAAUGCAACUUUUAAUUUUUUUUUUUUUUUAUUCAGAAGUCAACCUCAAUCUUAUCUUACUACUUAUAACAUGAAUAUACCCUCCAGUCUUAGGCCAGUGGUAUAUGAUAAUUAUGAUUAUUAUACCAAUGGAAAAUGAAUAAUUAGUGUAAACCUACGAUACUACUUAACUCUGUAAUACUAUGAACGCAGACUCGGUAUUCAGUUUAUUAUAAACGUCUGCAAUAUUUCAAAAGUUUUUAUUAUGAUCUGAGUUUGAAUAUAUUUCCGAUAAAAUGAUUCCUUGUCAUAUUAGAUAUUUUCGUAGGUUUUUUACCGAAAAUCUAAAUAAGCAAAUUCAGAAGAAAAAAAAACAAACUUAUACGCGAGAGUAGCCUGCAACGUCCAUUAGUACAAAUUUACUGAUUAUAAACCUAAAACCUAGGAAACAAUAUCGAGACAUUGCAUAUGAUUGUUUCGAAAUUAUAAUUGUCACGAAAUAACUACAAAAGAGAGUGCUACAAUGUAUUACUAAUAAUAAGGCAGUGUACAAUUGUAUAUACCUGGUAGCCCAAAGGUGGUAAAGGUCUAGUUUCUAUAAGGUAAACGAUAUACCAGAGGAUGCAUUUAUUACUUUCUAAAUCCAAAUUAUCAAACACUUGACAUGCACUAAAAUUCUAUUCCAGUAUGUCAGAUGUUUUUAACUUUGUUACACC